AUGGGAAGGAGCCCAUGUUGUUCCAAGGAAGGCCUGAACAGAGGCGCUUGGUCUGUUCUUGAAGACAAAAUCCUUAUAGAUUACAUUAAAGCACAUGGUGAAGGCAGAUGGAGAAAUCUCCCCAAAAGAGCUGGUUUGAACAGAUGUGGGAAAAGUUGUAGGCUUCGCUGGUUGAACUAUUUGAGGCCAGAUAUCAAAAGAGGUAACAUAUCAACAGACGAGGAAGAGCUUAUCAUCAGACUUCACAAACUCCUGGGGAACAGAUGGUCUUUGAUUGCGGGGAGGCUUCCAGGGCGAACAGACAAUGAAAUAAAGAAUUAUUGGAACACCAACUUGGGGAAAAAGGUUCAAGAUCACCAAAACUCAGCAGCAGCAGCAGCUUUGAAACACAAGAAAUCUAAUGGGAGAACUAUGAAGAAAAGUGAGGCGGCCCAACUGGUACCAACUGAUGGUUCGUCCUCAUCACAUGUGGUACUGACAAAGGCAACCAGGUGCUCCAAGGUUUUCGUAAAGCCUCGGUACCCACCAAAAGUUGAUCCUAAUUUUGACAGGAACAGAGAGGCCAAGCCUUCAAAAAAUGGGGAUGGCCAUUGUCCAAUGACUCAAACAUGGGCAUCCACUUCAAUUAAUUGCUUAUUACCCAUAUCCGAAAAUGAAAAGACCAAUAAUAAUUCGUCCGAUUUUAUGCUUGACUUCGACAAUGUGGGAGAGUUUUGUCUGCCAGAUCUUUUAAAUUCCGAUUUUUCUGAUAUAGGUAACCUUAAUUACAACAAUGCUUCGGUGCCUUCACAAGACCAACCUCUCAUUUUCUCCGAGGAAAUGCGACAAGACUGGACCUCCACCCACUACGCUCUAAAUUUGGCUUCGGAUCUCCAAUAUUCUUUGGCUCCAUUUAUUGAAAACUUUGAGGAUUGGCUUGUAAAAUAAGAUAAACAAUGUUACAAUAUGAUCUGCGACUGUUCUACGUCUCAGCUUUUCAGCUCAACUUGUGAAACUAAAUAAUUGUACUAAAUUUCUGUUUCGUGCUGGUCAUUGAGAGUCCC